AUGAAUACAGGAGCCCCAAAUACUGAAACCUUCACAAUGUUUACUAAAGAUGAUGUAAACCGGAUCCUAUUCACGGAAACCUUCAAGGACACAUUUGGUGAUCUGGGACCAAAGGAGUCUUUUCAUGAACUACUACGUUUAAAGAAAAGAGAGGUGGAGUUGCACCUACAUGGGGUCUCAUUAUCCGAAUACUAUCGAGAGCGCAAAAUACCACGUGGUUUCCGUAUUAAUAAUGUACCUACAUUGGGACGCAGCAAUGGUGAGUUCUGUGAUAAAUGGUGUGCUAUUUUAGAUAAGUGCUCCCUUGAACUAAUGCUGCAUGUUAUAGAAGAAACUGGACGUGAUUUAAGCUCAAUCAGGAAAGAGAUCCUACAAUUCGAGUCCUCACACAUCCCUAUUAUAACUGCGGAUAAAGACAAUGACUGGCUUAAACGCCUACAUGACCAAGUGACCCAAUAUAAGCAGGAAAUACUUGCCUUUAAGCGAUCGAAGUUUAUGCGAGUCUCUCAAGAUUAUAAAGAUAAUAGCGUCUACAGAUGGCGUCAUGGGGGCAGGUUUAACACGCAGAGGCGGAGACCACCGCUACGCAAAGCACGCAGGCCACCUGGCGUCUACCCGUGCGGAAGCGAAUCUUUUUUUAGGCACGGAGGCAACGCCAACGACCGCACCAGAAGCAAGCACCGCCGCAGUGGACGCAAACACAACAGGAGGAAGAAUCCGGGGGCGACCCCCUCGUUAUGGCGGACGGGGAACCAGGAGCAAGCAGUAAUCAAUCUGUCUAGCUAUCAGCUGACAGAUAUAGAGGCAAGUGUACUCCAAAGGGGCUUAUCUUUUGUUCCGACUGCUCGCACACAUGCUUUCUCAAUGUCUGUUGAUAAUUACAAGUUCACUCGCUCUCUACGCUUGAGAGAACAUUUUGGCCCUAAACAAAAAUUACAAGCUUCGGAACCCAAUGACGAAUUGUUAAAUUAUAAACUGCGUAGCAAUUUUGACCCCACUACAAACAAUACUUCCCUUAAGACUUUUUCCAGGAUGCUUAAUGGAGCCACAAGUGAUAUUAUGGGUCAAAUACACACAAGAGGAAAUUUAAAUAAAGAUGAAAGGGCGGCUCUUGAACGGUUGAAGAACAAUUCAUCUAUUAUUAUUAAGCCAGCCGAUAAAGGGGGAGCCGUAGUAAUAUUAGACUAUGUGUACUAUCAAACAGAGAUCUAUUCCCAACUAUCCAACAGCAUGUGUUAUCAGAAAUUGACUUUUGAUCCUACUUUAAAAUUUCAGGACGAACUACGCAUAAUAUUGAAUGAAGCAGUGUUACAUGGAUGGAUAACGCAGGAUCUGAUGAACUUUCUAUAUGUCAAGGACCCGAAUUGGCCGAUUGUUGAAACAGACCCAGAACUGAGCAAACUGGUAAGUGACGGCUUUACCUUUGGUUACAAGCGUAACAGAAAUUUGAAAGAAUUAUUCACACAAGCAGAUCCUGUCACUAAAUAUACCAGUGCUUCUAGAACUAUGAUGAUCAAAACUGGAGUUUUCAGAUGUGGUAACUGUACAAUGUGCAGUACACUUAUAACGGGCAGUCAAUUCUUUCAUCCUUACACGGGCAAAGCGUACAAAGUCAAGCAUCGAUUAACAUGUACAUCUAAAAAUGUAGUAUAUAUCAUCAAAUGCCCAUGUGGCUUACUGUACUGCGGAAAAACUUGUAGACCAUUAAAGGAACGCAUCAGCAUGCAUCGAUCAUCAAUUAGGGCAGCUCUGGAACCAAAGCCCAAACAGGAUAACACAAAACAAGAUAUUUCGAAGCAACCAGUGGCACAACACUGGCUGCAGGCUAAACAUCCGAUUGCAUCCUUUAAGUGUAUGCCCAUUGACUUCAUUCCAAUACCGCCAAGAGGUGGGGAUGUGGAUCGUCUCCUGCUACAGAGGGAGGCCUUUUGGACUCAAGAAUUGGACAGUGUGACUCCUAAAGGGUUAAAUACUCACCUGCAAUAUAGUAGCUUUUUACCAUUAAGAUGAGCCAAUAGUAUUCAUAAGUGAAGUUUCACAGGCAACUUAAUUGUUAACUAAUGUCUUAAACUGAGGGCCCUAUGGAGAUAUAUUUAUUAUUAUAUUUGGGCUAUAAUGUUACUACACAAACAUUUUUUAACUAACUUGUAUAUUUGGCACUUUUCUCUUAUAAAUGUCAUGGUUUUAGACAUUUUAUGUUGCAAUAAUAUAUGCACUUGUACACUUUUUUGAAGUACUAUUUAUAUGCUAUAGCACUUUAUACUGCAUAUAUUAGGCAUUUUAAAUACUGCACAUAACUAGCACUUUAUAUUUUGUAUACAUUAUGCACCUGUUUAAUUAACAUGCUAAAUGAGAAUUGAGUCACUUCCUGUAUGCAUUAAUGAGGGGAGGGGUAUAUAUAUGGUGAAUUGUUUGGCACAUGUUUUACCUUGAGAAAGGUCCCAAUAGGGAUCGAAACGUCACGUCGGAUACAUAUGCAAUAACACUGUCUG